AUGACAUGUGUUCUACAUGUAAAAUCUGUGAUUUUAUGGUAUAACACGGGUACCAUCACAUACUCUGAGAGCUUCAGAUCCAGAGCGUCACUGUUUGAAGAUCAGAUCUCCAGAGGAAAUUUCUCACUGCUGCUGAGAGGAGUGAAGGUUGAUGAUGAGGGAGAAUAUCAGUGCACUGCAUAUGUAGUUGUGCAGCAAAGUGAUAUGGAAAUAGGUCGAAUAGGAAUAGUUCCACUUCGCACCUAUUAUAUAAUUGUUGUUCACCUUGCAGUAGAAGACUUUUUAUUUUUUGGUUCCUUCUUCUGCUUAAUAAUUCUUCAUUUUCUCAUAUUGUCUGCAGCUCCAGUCUCUGACAUCAGAAUCCAUCAGGAUGGAAACAGGAUCACCUGCAGCUCAGAGGGGAUCUACCCUCAACCUGAACUCACCUGGUCCACUGAGCCUCCAUCCAACACGACUCUGCAGAACAGAACCACAGUCCAUCAGACUGAGGAGAAGCUUUAUGACAUCAGCAGCUCUCUGACGGUUCCAGACGGUUCUGAUCGGAUCUACAGCUGCACCAUCAGAACCAGGAGGAACCAGAGGAGAGCAACUUUAAAUAUUCCAGCCUCUGUUGAUUUCUCAGGAGCUGAAGUUACAAUCUGCUGCACAUCUUCAGAUUAUUAUGGAACCAGUUUGGUCUGGAGGUUCAACCACAGUCAGAUCAUCCUGACCAAGACUGACAGAAACAUCUCCAACAUCUCAGAGGAGUGGAGGAAACAUGUGAGGAAUGUUUCAGCGUCCGGCAGCCUCACCUUACAGGAUGUGACCUCAGAUCAGGAGGGAGUUUACAGCUGUGAGCUCAGUGGUGAUGAGGAGACGAUUAUAACUCACCUCUAUCUGAGGAGGACUGGAGAGAAUCUGGUGGUUCCUGAACUCAUCAGACGGACGGUGGUUUGUGUUGUGAUUGCAGCAGCAGCAGCUGGAUUCAUAAUGUUCUACAAGAAGAAAAUGGAGGAAAGUGAAGCUCUGCAGCUUUAACCCUUUCAUUCACAUUCAGAGAGUGGUUUUGUUUUAAUGCCAUUCUCACAUUUUACCCGUCAAGAUGAUUCAUGAGCUUUGAUGUAGUUUUAUGCUCAUGUUUUUUUUUAAUUCUUUGUCACAUUUGCAUAUAUUUCAGAUCUUUUUCCUAAAUGAAGAUUUUACUGUAUGUUUAACUUCUGCCCAGCAGGGGGCGCAGCUAAACAUAUCAUUUAUAUCCAACCAGCUAAACUUUCUCAGAGCUUUAUUAAUGCCAUGAUGUUCAUUUCUGUAGAAAGAUUUCUACAUAAUUUUUUGUUAUUGUAUAAAUACUUUGUUCUUUAAAUAAAGCAACUAAAAUUUUAAA